GUCGUUUGAGGAGGUAUUAUAAUUUCAGAAACUCUCUCCGAAUCCUCACAAAGAGCUUUUAGUUGGACUUUUACGACCUUGCUUUCUUUUCGCCAUUUAAUCUGUGGAAGUAGGUAGUCAGAAAAAGGCGAGGACGUCUGAUUUCGAUUAAGAAUGAAACAGAAAUAGCAGCGAUCUACGAUCUGCUAUGGCUGAUCGUGCUUGCAGGAACUUUCAGCCAAAUGUCUUCAACAAGAGCAAGUGUCAAAAUUGUUUCAAGCUACUGGAAGCACACAGCUCCUCAAUUUCCGGCCAAGAUCCCUCCUUUUCAAGUGCAACGAGGAGAAAUUCAACUCAAAAGGUAUUAAUGUAUGAUUGUUUGACUCCGUUCGGAUAGCAACCGUCUAUUGCCUAUGUUAUGGUGUUUUCUUGAGGGUUCUGUUUUAACUUGCGCUGGCAAAGAUUUCCUUGUUCAGUCGCAGUUCACGAUUUUAAUCAUGAAUCUUCUUUAAAUUGAUUUUAGGUUUAUCCAAGGAUCAGAACUGUGGUAAAAUCUGGCGUUCUCUGUAUAACAACCCAUGAAUCCCUCGAGAAGGGAAGAGUUAUUCCUUCGGUAAGUUGCAAUAUCCUUUGCUCCGUUUGUGAAUUUUUUGCUAGUUAUUUUCUUCAAGGUAGGCUACCCUAUUUUGAAUGGCUUAUUUUAUCGUUUUGUCUUAUUUUCAGCGAUGGAAUAAGCGCUGGUUUGUUCUUAAUUCCACGGGGACACUCGACUUUUUUUACUACGAUGAACAGAAGGUAGGAAAUUUAAUUUUCACAUAGCUGAAAUUAACAUGGUAUUUGUCUAGUGUUAACUAUACCAACUAAUAUAUUUAACUCGAGAGAAAUCGAGCACAUUCCUCGUCAAUACAGUUAUUUUGCGCUCAUUGUCUACAUCUCAGUCCCUUUAUAACGACGAAAGAACAACGAUAGAUUGUUUUCGAACAUUGCGGGAAUAAUUUUGCGAAGGUCUUUGUUUGUAUCACCUAUUGAAAUUAACAGCGAAAAAUAUUUUGUUUAUAAAUUGUUUCCCACAUGCAAAUUGAAUCCGAUGGAUCGAUAUAUGUCCAUCGCUUAACGUAAAUAUUUGCCGGCCGUAAAGUAUUUUGACACAUUAACCUUUAAUAUUAUAAUGAAGAUGUUUUCUGAUGUAUCAGUAAUCUUUUGAAGGAUGAAUCUGUAGUGAGGCGAUCACGUUUGAAUAAUCACAUCUUUACUGAUAAUCCUGGAAGCUGAAGUAUGUCAGAUUCUUCUCAGUUUUCAAACUUUGUAACGGGAGAAGCACUUUGUAAACAUCCCACAAAGCCUUUUAAGUCCUUUUCGCUGUGAGCGGUGUUGAUUUACCCCAAGCUAAACAUAAUUUCGGUAUGCUCCCUUUCGAGGUAUCUUGUUAAUCUAAUUGUUCCAUUUGCCCUCUGGGGAGAGAAUAUCUUUAGUAAUAUUGCAUUGUUUACCUUUUUUUUAAAGACUAUGUAAGCGUUUUUGUUGGGUCUGCUCUGAAGAAAUAAUCACUCAACCAGUUCUGGGCCUAAUUUUUUUUUUUUCAAUAUUGUUAUAAAUAAUCCAUGUCAGUGAUGUUAACCUUGAGAGAUACAAUUCCCUGUGAUCUCAUGUCUUGUUGUUACAUUGCAUAUAUUGUGUAAUUUGAGCACUCAUUUAUUUGAUCAUAACAUAGGCAAUAUUUUACGGUGGAAACUCGAGGCGCAGAAGGAAUUUACAUUUUUUAUCUCUUGUUAGUAUGAAUCAAAUGUCACAUUGGCAUUUUUCACACUCUCCUAUGCCUUGUAAUAUCACCAGUGCAUUCUUUCUUGUGGGCAAAUUCUACCUCCCAGAGUGGAAACUGGGAUUUUUUUAUUUGUGCCUUUUGACACUGAAUUGCAUGUGGAUAACAGUACAUCUUCCUUUAGCACCUUAAAUUUCAGACUGUAUAAAGUCUUAAAAGUAAAGACAUUUUGAUUUUUUUUUGAGAUUUGUGUGGUUUUGUACCAACAACAUAGAGAUUAGUUUGACAAUUUAUUUUUAAAUUUACUCAAGUAAAUGAUUUAAAUUUGUAUUUGUAUUAUCAUCAUGAUACUCUAACAUAACUAAGGGCAGGCAAGUGUUUUUUUUCAUUUUUAAUUCCAAACAUUUUUUAAUGAGAUUCAUGAAAUAUUGAAAGUGUGUGGUCAACUAUUUACUCAUGAAUAUCUAUAGCAGCUGAUGAUUGCAAAAAUUUAAUCCUUGUAAGCUCAAUUAAAUUGUUUUGCCUAUAUGUGUUAUGACAAGUACUGCUCACAUAUCUUAGAUUUGUGUUUAAUGCUCUCAAAUUGCUUGAAUUGUGCUCAGUCUUGGCGGACAAGUUAAAUGUGUGAAAAUGGAUGAAUAAAUGCACUUUAACUUGGAAUAAUGUUGAGGCAACUAAGAGCGUACAGUAUUGGUUGCAUUUAAUCACUCUGGUCUGGCCUUACACAUUUAUACCAUACUCAUUUCUGUUUUCUGUUCAUGUUAACUUUGCAUAAAUGUUUUCAAGUUAAAACUGUGCUACUGCUAAAAACCUUGGGAUCAAAUUAUUAUUUUUUUGUAUAUAAAACUUGUACACUUGCUUAUGAGCAAAUGCUCUACUAUUAAAGCAAUAUAUUUUUUCAUGAUUUGGAAAAAGUUAAAUGGGCAGGUCCCCUUUUUUCCAGCAUUGGCAUCUUCACUCACAUAGUGAAUAACACAAAUGUUAAUCAGAGGAUUUACUGUAACAUUAAUUUUGCAGAAAUCUGCACAGUUGGCACAUAUAUCCAGAUGUAUUGAGAGUUAUUUGAUGUACAUUUUUUAUCAUCUUUUUUUAAAAGGGCUGCUCAACAGAACGACUUGAUGGAAACAUUAAUCUGGACUUCUGUAGCGGGAUGUUUAUUGGUGAAGCAGAUACUGGAGAGCCUUUUUCAAUUGGAUUGAAGCUGGGAAAGUCCACCUAUUAUCUGAAGGCAGAAAAUCGAUUGGAAUUAGACAACUGGUCGCGAGUACUCAAACCUUUUGUCCAGGCAUCUCAGGCAUUUAUUCCACGAAGAAGCUCAAGUAGUAGUUCUGCAGAGUCAGAUGUGUUUGCGCAUAGUGAGUCAAAUCAUUCAGUGCAAGUUAAAAAAUUUUGCUAUACUCAUAAUUUGUCAAAAGUUUAGAAGUUAGGAUUAUCUCAAUUUUUUUUUCAGGGGAGGGGACCCUUACUUUGUGACUGUCAUAGCUCAUCUCUCCACUAAGAUAAACUAUCCCAUUAGAGAAUCCUGUCUGAUGAUUUUUUUUUCAGUUGUAAAAUAAGAACAUCAAUUAACCCUUUAAACCCAGAGAGUGAUUAGCAUCUAAUUUCUCCCUACAAGAUCACCCAUGAAUCACACAUUAGGGUCACAAGAAAAAAGGAAUUGGGGAAGGAACCUUUUGAUUGGCAAACAAAUUCUCCUUGUCAGCAGCUUAGGAAAUGUAUAAAGAUCAGUAUGGAGAAUAUGCAUACUGAUGUUAGGGUGUAAAGGGUUAAAAAGCUUUGGCUUUGGCCAGUUAUUGCUCCCUGUUUUCAAGCAUAUGACACUCUUGUUUAUAUUUACAUUGAUGUAAUAUCUUGACCAUUUUGAAUUGUUUUUGAGUUAUGGGUAUUUGGAGAAACCUUGCUAUCAGUGCAUGUAAUUACUGUUAUGUGAUCUGCUGAAGUAAACAAGCAGUUUGAUUGGUUGUUACUUAUGAUUAAAUGGAGGACAGACACAUAGAUAAUCUCACCAUUAGCAACAUUUUGCUUUUUUUAAUUUUAAAUAAAUAGAUGUCAUGUUGCUGUGCAACUGUCCAGUAGUAGAUUACAGAAGUUGUCAAAAUGUGUUAAGACCAUCAGUGACAUGUUCUGCUUCGCCUCUGGCACCACAUUUUUGUUCUUACCACAUUUCGAAUGGACGCAUAGAAGUUCUUUGUUGUUGAUUGAAAGUCUUCUACUAUCCUAAUUUGACAGGUACAUCAACAAGCCUUGGACGCGCUCCAAGCUUUGGUAAAUCCUCAGUGUCCAGAGUGAGCACAACUCCUCUUAGUACAAAAAGCACCACGGGUAAUGAAGAACAGCAAACAUCGGUGGGUGAAAUCUUGUUGUGUCAGUGCUUUAAUCAGUGAUCACUUUGGUUGACUUAGAGAGCAGUUUUCAAUUUACUGUCAAGUACUUAAACUCCAAAGCAAAAGGAAUCACAACGGCUAAUCAUUACAAAGGUUAACAUCAUUGUGAGCCAAUGAGCACUCAAUGUAAAAAUAGACAAACCAUGAAAAAGGCAGGAAAAUGCAGGUGACUAGGUCAUGCUUAUUUUUUGUUUUGGGAGUUUUGUAGACCAAUCACUGACCGAACAAAUGCCAAACCAAACCAUCUCAGUUUACUUUAGAUACUUAACUGCAAAUUGCUUUAACAAACAAGAUAAAUUAUGGCAACCAAAUGUACAAUGAAAUUCACCAAUUUGACAACCUGUGAUGGCUGGCUGUGUAACAAGCGGAAAGGGUUUGAUUUCUGAGUGUUUUAUGUCUAAGUUAAAGUGAGAUAAACUGUUACAUGAAGUAGCAUGUGAAAUUGUACAAAUUUGUUUUUCAUGGACAACUAAUGGAGUGCAUUAAUACCUCAGCAUAAUAGAAAUAUUCCUUUUCACUUCAUCGACAUGGAACUAAAAUAGUGUGCUUAUCAGAUAACCUAACAGACUUGUAGGAAAUUAAACCCAUGGGUCUGUUUUUAUUUUUUUAGGUGAGAAGUAAACUUUUGAAAAAUCUCUCAGAUUUCUUCUGCUAUCGAACAAAUCCGUUCUGUUUUUUUGGUUAAUUUUUUUCUCUAUUCAGUUGCAGCUAGAGAAACUUAAAGACGAAAACAAACGCCUGAGGGAACAAAGCGUGUUAUCCGUUAGGCAGAAGGAUUCGACACAUAUUUUAGAGUUGGAACUUAAAACAAAAGUGAGCAGAAUUAAAGAGUUAGAGAAGGAGCUCUCACAGUGCCGAGACUAUCAGAAGGCACUGCUAUUUCAGGAGAAAGAACUGCUUGAGGCCAGAACUAAAAUGAACGAUUUGAAACAACAAAUGGAAGAGAAAGAGAAACUUCUUCAGCAGCACAAAGGCAAGCUGUCGAUUCAUGCUAAGGAACUCGCCGAGGCCAAAGCCGACUUGCAGGAAGCCAAUAGUAUUAUUGGCAUUCACAGGGCGAAUAUUGAAUCGCUGAAAAAUGAACUUACUUCUAUGAAAAAUAUCUCAGGAAGUGGGAAGGAAAAACUGAUUGUAACUGGCGAAGAACCCGAGAGUGAUCAAGUGUUUAGUUUGAAAACAGAGGCCAGUGGGAACGAAGGCAAGGAUCUAGAAUCUAAACUUUCAGCUCUUAUGCAGAAACUAAAGCAAAACGAACGCGAGUUAUUAGUGAAGACUAGAGAACUCGAGAAAGCGAACGAAAGUCGGUCGAAAGUGGCAAAGUACACUCGGUCUUUGUUGCAGGAAUUGGAGUCGAAACUGAGUAACAAUGAGAGGAAGCUUGCAGAGACCGAAAAUCAACUUGUAAACAAAAACGUAGAACUCGAAUAUGAAAAGGGAAGACGGCUUAAAGUUGAGGAAGAGAACAACAGAUUGUUUUCAGAGCUUGAGUUGUUAUCUGAUGAAAGGAAAAAGGAUGGGCUUUCGAAGGAAGUCGUCGAACUUUUAAAGAGAGCAAAAGAACGAGUCGCAUCUGAAAAUAUUGUGCCAGUUAGAGAAAUGUCUGUGGAAACUGGGCUAACGUCAGUAAUUCCGAAAACUAAAGAUGACGAGAAAAGAACUAGUAAUGGUGUCUCAUACGUCGAGGAAAUUGAUAAAUUAAAAUCAGUUCUUGCUUCAGCGGAGAGUUCUUCGGAUCAGAGUGAUAGCGAGACGAGCUUUAGGUCGGCUAAGAAAGAAACUGAUCGUCUUAAGGAUCGUUUGAAAGUGCAACAAAGAGAUUAUGACAGUUUACGAAUCGAGAGUAGCAAAAUUAAGGAAGAUUUGAAAAAGCGGGACACUGAACUGGAUUCCUUGCGCAAGGAGCUGAGAAAGUUGGAGGAUAGAAAUGCAGAUGUAGUUGAGAAAAACAGAGAAUUAGAAGAAAGGCUUCAAACUGUGGAAAGCGAACUUACAGAAAGUAUGGAAAGGGAGAUAUUCCUUCAAACUGAGAAUGAAACCGAUGAAGGUGAAAGAUGGGAUGUGAAAGAACGUAUUGUGGGUUUGGAGGAGGAGGUGUCAAUUUACAAAGACAAAAUUGAUGAACUGGAAACAAAAUUAGUUGAGAAGGAAUCCAAAAAUGUAAACGUAGAGAAGGAUAGAAAUCGUGUGCACGAAUUAGAGCGUCUUUUGAAAAUUAAAGAGGAUGAACUGAAAGAAAUAGAGAGGCGUAAUUCUCGAAGAGAACGAGAGUUGAAGAAAGAGGAGGAAACAAAACGAGAUGAAAUGGAGAUUGAAUUAAGCCGAGAAAAGCUCCGACUUCAAGAACUUGAAGAGCAGUUCGGUCAGGUCCAAAACGCUUUGGAUUCUGAACGAAAUAAGUCGAAGGUAAAGGAGAAUGAACUUGAAGAACUCAAGAAGACAACCAGUCUCAUGGUGUACAGAGAGGACGCAGAAAGACAUAUAGAUGAGCUCGAAUCGGAGUUGAAAGAAAAAGAAGAUAAACUCUCUGAAAGAGAGUCCUCUCUGUCCAUUGCUAGCGAGAGAAUCGCCGAAUGCGAAGAAAAAUUGAGGAAUUAUGAAUUAAAGGCUAAAGAGUUUGUGUCAAAGAAUUCGGCUGAUCUGGAAAAGAAAAUUCGAGAACUACAAGAGGAACUGGAAGACAGCAGGGAAAGGUUGGCCGCAGCUGAAGAAAAACUGGAGGAUUUCGAAGUGGAAGAAAAACUUCUCGCUGCUGAGCUUCACAAAAGUGAAAAGGAAGACAAUGAUAAGGUUGACGAGGUGAGGAAGAAGUUGACGGAGGCAGAGGAAAAAAUUAAGAAGUACGAAGAUUUUGCCAAGGACAAAAAUUCUAAACUUAUAGCGAGCGAGGAGAAAGUCAUUGAACUUGCUGAAGAAUUAGCGAGAAGGCUCGCCGUGGAACAAGAAACGGCUGAGUGGAUUGAAGGUGUUGAAAAUAAUCUUACUCAAAGGGAGAAAGAGCUUAAUGUCACGCGAGAAAGUUUGGUAAACAAGGCCAAGGAUUUAGACAAGGAAAAAUACAGUAUUUUAGACGUUAUGGAACUGUCUAUGAGGUACAUUAAAGAGUUAGAGCUGGCUGUAGGUGAGGAGAGAGAGAAUGCCAAAGAACUCGAGCGACAACUGGAUGAUGAAAGGGCACGUGUAACUCAAAUGGUUCAAGAGAUGAAGAGCGUCGAAAGUGAAGGAAAUAAAAACCAAGACGCUCUGAAUGACAACGCAAGCGUGGAAGAAAGGUUAUCUUCUUGCGAGAUAAGACGAGAACUAGAAUCCACUCGAGUGAAGCAACUCCAGACAGAACUUGAAGACUCCAAGAGGAAAUUCGCCGAAGAGCUGAGUUCGGAAAGGGACUCGCACGUAAAUGAGAUGAGGAAGUUAAACGAGGAGGCUUUGCAAGUCUCCGGAGCCGCUAAUUCAGAAGCCGAUGAGUUGAAAUUGCGGCUGACUUCCCGUGUGAUAACUCUACAGUCCGACAUCAGCGAACUGAAGGCUGCGCAUCAUCAGGAGUUGGAAAAACUACGGGCUCAACACAAGAAGGAAUUAGAGAACGCCAGACGGGAAGCCAUCUUGGAGACCAGUGCUCGUGAAGUGAUACGAGAAACUGAUGAGGACAUGGCGGCCAGAGUUAAGGAAGUGGAAGACGAGAUGAAAGAAAUGACAGAAAGGUAAACAAAAUUUCAGUAGCUGUGCUUGUUUUGUUGACAGUACAAGGUCAUUGUACGCUUUAGUGUCACGUGUUUUCACGUGUAGUGAUAGUAAUUGAUUUUCUAGAUAUGAAAGUCAAAUGGAGACACUUAAGAAGAGCCAUUCUCGAGAGAUGGACAAGCUUAAGCGGAGCAGCGGAGACGGUGUGGAUGGGCUACAGACAGAAGUGGUCCAACUACAGGUUGAGAUGGAGAACAUGAGCCAGAAAUACAUGGAGGAAAUUGAGAAUCUUAAGGUUUGUUUUACUAGCAUUUUUUCUCGGCUCUCCUCCGCCACGGCCAUUGCCUUCGUGGUGGAGGCUAUGCCAGGGCAGACAGUGAAUAUGUUGGCUGACUCCUCUGAAGUUAAUCUUGAUAUAAUAGUUAUGGCAUAAAACUGUAGCACAACAUAAUAAACUCAUAUCGGCAUGUUUACGUCAGAAAGUUGUCCCAAUUUCUUGUUAGUAUUUGAUUUUAAGAGUUUUUUUUCAGAACUCGUACCUUUUUAACUCUUCACUGGUAUUGUUAUUUACACGAUUCCUCUUCUUUUUCUUUAGGUUCAACACGGAGAAGAACUAGAACAACUCAAACGCGACAUGGCUGUUGUUCUGCAGGCGUCUUUAGGAGCAGCUCCUUCCUCAGCCAAAGACGACUCCAAUGUCCAGCUGCUCAAGAACAGAAUUAAUGAACUGGAGCAACAAACAGAAGAACUCAGCCGGAAGUACAACGAAGAACUCAAAGCUGAAAGGGUAGAUUAUUUUGUCAAUAUCUUUCGGGGUAAAGUUAGCGGCUAGCUUCCUUCAAUUUCCCGGCUCAUUUAACCUUACCUUCUUCAUCUCUUCGUUUACAGGAAAAACAACAGCGAGAAAUUGAGCAAACGCGUAACGACAUGAUGACAGUGAUCCAGGCAAUCAGAUCGGAAAAGUACGCCGACGUCGGUAGAGCAGCUUCUCCGCGCCAUCUUGAAGACCUGCCUGAAGAAUUGGCCAAGAUGCAGGAAGAAUACGAGGAAAAGAUCGCUAAACUGCAGGAAGAACAUGAAGAAGCCUUGAGGGAGGCGAAAGGAUCGAAGACAGUUGUUUCAAUGAAUUCCAUGAAAGGAGAACAAGAGGUAAUGUGACAUGACAUAACUUUUACGCUUUGACUCCUAAGAGUGACUAGCAUUCAAUUUCUCCUUAAAAUAUUACUCCAGAAUCACUCUUUAAGGUCACGAGAAUAAAGGAAUUGAUCACCAACUGAAGAAGCUCUUGAUUAUUAAACAAAUUCUCCUUGUGAGCAGCUUAGAAAAUAGACGGAGAAAGUAUGGAGAAUAUACAUACUGAUGUAAAGUGGUGUAAAUGCUUAUAAGAGUUUAGCUUGUUUUUUCUCUAGGCGAUGUCUUUACAUCGUCAUAUAGAAAUGUUUUGCGAAUUUAUGAAAUUAUAAUUCAGGGGAUCUAAGCGAGUAGUUUACCGUUUACCGCUUCACUUUUUUAUUGUGAACAAAGUAGGUCAGCUAUCAACUCAAAUUUUUCACGCGAAAAGAUCGUAGUUUAUUUUAAUCGUUGUACUUUGUUUGUAGAAUGAUUCCCAGCUUAAAAAGAAAGUCAGACAGUUAGAGGCGGAGUUGUUGUCGUGCAAGGAGGAAUUUCAGAAGCAGCUGCAACAGAAGGACACCAAACACGAUGAAGAAGUGAACUUGCUGAAGGCCGACAUGUUGGUAGCCCUUCAAGUGGCUCGGAGUGGUAAUUUGCCCCCAGCUGGAGCUAGUCAACCAGAUUCCCAGACUUCUAGCAGCACCAUUACUCACGGAGGAACAAAGCUCUCCUUAGAGGUUUGGUGCACUUGUUUCGUUUUUGAUUAUGACCGUGUGGCAUUGAUUUGAAAACUUGUCGUCCGGACCAUCUUUAAAGUUAAGGAAAAAAGCUGUUUGCUCAAGAGUAGAAGUUAAGGAAAUUAGUCUAUGGGAAUUUUCCACCGAGCAAGAACGUUUCCUCUUAAAUGGGAUUUAAGCUCUGUCGGCCGUUUCCGUCCUGGUGGGUCGUACUUUCGCAAAAUUUGCUACUUGUACCCUCCUUUCUUCGUUUAUCUCUUCCCUCUGCGCACGAUUUUUGUUUGCAUAUUGCCAGCUUUCGUCCAACCAUCGUUUGCCGUCCCUCUUUGUUGCAUUAGUAGUCUACUUCCCAGCCGUUGUUUGUUCUUGUUACAUCACGCGUUUUCUCUCUGAUAGAGAUGGAUAAGACAAGGUGUGUUGCGUGACAAAACCAAAUAAGGACUGAGACGGGGACUACUGUCACACUCGUUCGAAAGUAAUGAGAAUUCACGAAGUUUUAUUUCAUGAGCUUCUUUUGAGUAAUUUUAUCAAUUUCUUGACAGGAAGCUGUCGCGAAAAUCACCAGUUUGGAAAAGACAAUCGAAACCACCAAGAAACAAGCUAAGAAGGAAAAAUCUGAUUUGGAAAAAAGCUUGAAAAAAUCCGAGGCUGCCACAAUGUUUGGACUGAGACGAACCGAAGAGAUGAGCAUAAAGAUUUACCAAAUGCAGAAAGAAAUGGAAAUUAUUGACCGCAAAUAUCAAAAGGAGAUUCAAAUGUACAAGGACGCGUUUGAACGAGAGAAAGAGGAGAAAUGCCAGCUGGGAGACUGGGAGACACUGUCCUCCGAGAACGACAGUCUGCGACUGGAAAUCGAAGAACUUGAUUUGAAAAUCGAAGAAAUGGAAAAUACACACCAGGCCGAGAUCAAUAUGUAUAAACAAAAGCUCGGCGAGGAGGAAAUGCAAAGUAUCGAGAGCUUAAGAUUGAAAAUCAAGAGCUUAGAGGAUGUUAUUGAAGAACAAAAGUUAGAGCAUGAGAAAGAGUUGGAAGAUUUGAAACUGGAAAGAGACGCAUCCGUUCAGGAAUUAAAAAGACGACACGAAAAGGAACUUGAGAAUGUCAAAAGUGAACAGCGAGUGGUGAACGUAGGGAGUAGCCACACGCGUGCCACUUCUUUCGAUUUGCAACAAAAAGAUCUAAGAAUUAAAGAGUUAGAGCUCAAAGUUGAGGAGCAGGAAACUCUUCUUGAGGUAAAAAGAAGAAGACACAAAGAAGAGAUAAAAAGUCUUCGUCAGAGAUUGGACGACGAAAUGCAAAAGCACACCGAAGAUGUUCGGUCGCACCGAACCAAGGUUCGGAUGCUGGAACGACGCAAAUCCGAACACUCGAUCUCUUUCGGGUUAGUGGACGACGAUUAUAAACGGAUGUACGAUGAACAACGUUCGGAGAAUAUUAAGCUUAAGUUUACUGUUGAGAAACAGAAGAAGGAGUUGGACGAUAUGCGCACUGCUUUGGCAGCUAAAGAAGAGAAAGCAGCAGAGGUUACAGAGAGAAGAAAAGCGUUUGGUAAGGGGAUUUCUGAAAUUAUGAAUAGUGUGACAUCGUGAAAUCCAACGUAUUUCCCUUUUCCUAACGCAACUUUCCUUUUCAAUAUUUUUAUACACUUUUGCAGGAAAUAGAUCACUGUCUGAAUACUUUUUUAAUAGAUCAAUUUAUUUAUCGCUUACGUGAGAACACUUGAAAACUUAAUGACCCAUGCUAGGUUUUUUUAUUUGGUAUCAGCGACUUUGAAACGGCUUUAAUCGUAACGGGCUGUUUGACCGUAGGGUGAUUCGUAGCUGUUGUUGUCCUCAUCACGCCGCACACUCACAUUUAUAGAGAGCGUGUUGCCUGACGAGGCAAAACAACUGCUGAGUAAGGGGACUGCAGCUUGAUAGCGAUCAUUCUAAAUUUCUUUUUACGAUGGUUAGUAUUGUGCCUUUCACAUUUCUCUCCUCUUGUUCGUCAUUCAUUGUCUCUUUGUUUGAUGGUCUAUAUUUAGAUAACCAAUCUGCUAGACAAGAAAAUUCAUUAUUGAGCUUGAAUUUUGACCUUGUCUCUUUCAGGAGAAUCACGGCGCCCUGUUUCAGAUUCCUUCCCAUCGGGCUUUUCGUACAGCCGGACCACUCCAGCCCAGGACUCCUCCUCCCAACCCGGCAAAGUGCCUCUGAGAAAAGUAUCUUCGGAUAACAAGUCAGACUCAGAUCCUGUGUGGAAGAAGGCGUCAGGGGGACCAUUGUCAAGACAGGCGUCCGAGGGAGGGUUAGGAAAGCAUGAUGUUGGCAAGGGGAAAAUAUUUACAAGGCAACUCUCUAAAGGGGUGAGUGAGCAAAGUCGAUUACUCGUGAAAUAAAUUUGUAGAUAGUGAAUUCAAGACAGGUUGACAUUUGAGUCUGCGUUGUUUAGUUGUUCUGAAUACGUAAAUCCACUCAUUAUUGUUAUAAUCAAAACUUGGAAAAGUGGUAACCACGUUAUUCGUCGCUUUCAUUUGAGUUUCAAACAUUUAAGGGGACAUUUUCUUGCUCUCUAUUACUUGAACGACUAUCUAAUUUUGUUUCGUGAACGUUUACAUCAAACAUUUGUACCAAAGCGUACGAUAAUAGUUCUUACGUUCGCCGUCAACACUUUGACCGAUCUGUUAUCUUUGUGUUUUUCUCGUUAUGACGGCUAUCUUGAAUCAUCAAGGCACUGGAAAGUUGGGAAAAGGGAAAACUUCCACGAAGGGGGGGUGACCCUGAAUCAAACAGUGCGGCUCGGUAAACGAAUUCGAGCUCGUAGCGCUAAUGCAUUCCUCCUUAUUGCAAUGCAAGCUGGGUAACUGCAAUCACACUAAUGUUUUAGUCUGGUUGGGUUUAUAGGUUGAAGCUCCAAACAUGGGCUCAGUAGCAGCUCGCGUGGCCUUGUAUCAAACUGUAGGUAGGUAUCAAGCUCUUUUGUUUGCGAAAGUGGCAGUGAUGAGCGAAUAGUGGGAGGAAAGAAAAGAGAACGUGAUGAGAUAUUUAUGAGCAUUUUCCUAGUGAGAUUUGAAAAUAAUUAAAUCCGAAAGAAAUCCUCUCUACUUGUGCUUUACGCCCGUUUUCUGAGUUUUCAUGGGCUCGUUGUGAAGUUUUCCUUCGCUUUGUUCGAACUGUUUGAUUAAUAUCUUAGCAUUUGUGUAUUUCCUUCUAUGUAGAUCUCCAUGAAAGUGUCCUGUCCUAUAGCUUUGGAUCAGCAACAACAAAAAAACAAAAACAGUAGUUAUUUAACAUUGUACGUAGUACAGUUAAUAAAUCAGUAGAUAAUAGGAAACAGCAAAAAACCAGAAUUCUUUUUCACUUUUCUUCUGUAGCUUCCAAGUUUAAAGAUAAAGAUGAAAAGACAGGACAAAGGAAGCCGUGAUGUAAAUCAAUUCUUGCUGAG